AGAAAGGCGGAAGUGGCGGCGGAACGGGCGCGUGAGAGGCGGCGGAGCCAUGGCCCGGGCACCGGCACCGGGACGGGGACAGAAACCGAAACCGGCCCGGGGACCGCGACAAAAACCGGGAUGGGGACCGAAACAGGGACAGAGACCGGGACCGGGACCGAAACAGGGCCGGGGACCUGGACCGGGAUCAGGAAAGGGACAGAAAGCGGGACCGGGACCAGGACAGGGACGGAAAGCGGGACCGGGACAGAAAGCGGCACCGAGAUCGGAACAUGGAGCGGCCGUGCCGCUGCGCAGCAGGAAGGAGAAGAAGGACAACAUGAAGCCCAAGCACCCCGAGGAGCAGGAGAUCCCGUUCCGCCUGCGGGAGCUCAUGCGGAGCCGCGAGGCCCUGAAGCGCCCGGGCCCUGGCAAGAGGCAGGGGACAGAGAAGAAGCAGCAGCAGAAGUGCCAGGGCCCCAGGGCGGCGGGGGACGUGGCCGUGCCCCGGUUCCGGAGGGGCAGGGGCGAGUCGGAGCGUUCCUACUUCUGCCGCAUGGAGCAGGAGGUGCAGCGCGUCCUCUUCCUGGCAGAGAACCAGCUCCAGAGGGAGCCUGAGAGGGAGGCGGCGGCUCCGGAGAAGUCCAAAAGGAAAAAAGAGUUUCAGAAGAGGAAGCUGGAAAAAGCUCGGAAGAAAAAGGAGGAGAAGAAGGAGGCCAUGCUGGAGAAGAGCCUGUUGCAGGACACGGUGCCCUUCGGAGAGGUGGUGACACAGCCACCCACCAUCACCUCCCGGCCCAGGGGACGGGGUCCUGCCGAGCAGGCUGGACGGAAGCAGCUCCUCCUGACGCCUCGCCUGGGCCAGCGCCAGGCGUGCCCCGUGUCCCCCGUGUCCCCCGCGUCCCCGGCGGUGUCGAUGGCUCGGCGGCGCAUCCUGGAGGAGGAGCGGGCGCGCGUCAUCCGCGCCUACCGCGACAUCCAGCGGCGCAAACAGCUGGAACGGGAGCGCGCCCGGGCCGGCCCGGGCUGAGCCCUGCCACUCCGGGGGACAUUGUCCUGAUGCUCCGUGUCACUGCUGAGCCCCGGGGCUCCCCGCAGCUCCCGCUGCACGGCUCAGCACCGCCGUGGGUGCCUGUGCUGCCACGGACUGGUUUGGAGUAAACGGUGCCGGUGGA